CAGAGAGACACCCACACCCAGUCUCGCAGUGGACUGACUUCUUUCCUCGGACAUCAACGAGACUUGUCUCUUCUCUCUGCGGUCAGGAUGGACUCAGACUCCGCCGUCCAGUGUAAACUCGUGGUUGUGGGAGACAGUCAGUGCGGGAAAAGCGCGCUGUUGAGCGUGUUCGCCAAAGACAGUUUUCCUGAGUGCUACGUACCCACGGUGUUUGAAAACUACUCGGCCAGCUUUGACCUGGACCUGCAGAGAGUGGAGCUCCGGCUGUGGGACACCUCAGGUUCUUCUUACUAUGACAACGUGCGUCCCCUAUCCUACCCGGAUGCUGACGCAGUCCUCAUUUGCUUUGACAUCAGCAGACCAGAGACAUUAGACAACGUGCUUAAGAAGUGGAGAGGAGAGAUCGAGGAGUUCUGCCCUAACACCAAGAUGCUGCUGGUAGGCUGUAAGUCCGACCUCAGAACAGACCUCUUUACCAGGUCUCACAGCAGACACAGUCCAGUAUCAUAUGACCAGGGCUCCAACACAGCCAAGCAGCUGAGCACCCCCUACCUGGAGUGUUCCUCACUGCAGUCUGACAACAGCGUCAAGGACAUCUUCCAUGUGGCCACACUGGCAUGUGUCAACAAGAACAAUAGGAGCAUGAAGAGGAGGAAGUCCUCCAGAGCCUCUAAGAGGAUGUCUCACAGCGGAGGAGACAUGUCCCCUGUUGCAUCAACACACUUUCAGCAGACCAAAGCUAAGAGCUGUGCUGUUAUGUAAACACAAAUACUGAUACAGACACUGCCAAAGACAGAGCAUGUGGAGGGUCAGUCCUGCAUUCUCUGUGAUUGAUUUCGUGCAAUGAUGAAAAUGCCCAAUGCAGACAUUAUAGAGAUAGGACUGGGAAAGUAUUGUGUGCUUCAAUGUGCCAUCACCUGUAACUACAGAGAGCUGCCGUGGAGACAACACUAAGUAUCUUACUAAAGUGUGUCCGCUAAAACAUCCUCAGUAGGUAUAAAGACAGUAUUCCCUGAACUAGAUUCAGAUGAUCACACUUCAACACCAGUGAGAGGCAGAGUGGUAUGCACUUAUUCAGGAUCUUCAAAUCUUUCAAUCUUAGAAAAGGUAAAUCAUCAGGACAUGACAGUCCCCUGCCAAACCCAAACCAUCAAAAGCCACCAUUUCAAAAAUACAUUUCAUGGAGAGAUACCAAAUGAAUUUGAAGAUUUUGCUGUGGAAACUAAAGAACUACCAACUGAAAGACCGACUUGGGGGACAAUGAACACUUUGGCUAUGUGUGACUCUGUUUUGAUGGCUCUCCUCUUAACUUUUUGUUAUGGUGUAUAACCUGUUCAGCCAGACGAGUUGACAUAUCCUACUAAGAUUUGUCUGAGGGUUGAGAGGCAGGAAGGUGAGGGUAGAAUGAUACUUUCUUUGAUGUUGGGAUAUAUAAGUCUUGCAUGUGAUGAUAUAAUAUGUAAUGUUUCUGCUGACUUUUUGUGCACCACUAAUCUUUGUUAAAGAUAAAUUUAGUUUAUAAAAGUGUUACUCUUUUUCUCAAUGUAAUAUAUCUUGAAUAACAAUCGAAAGUCAACACUAAAGAAAAUGACUUAUUCGAACCCUGGAUUUACACUGU